AUGAUAGAGAAGGUGACUUUAUCGGGGCUUUUGAAUUGUGUAGAUGGCCUUUUUUCGGCGAAUGAAGGAGGGAGACUGAUGGUGUUUACCACGAACCGUGUCGAGAAUCUUGACCCGGCUCUGAUUCGGAAGGGAAGAAUGGAUAAGCACAUAAAGAUGUCGUAUUGCAGUUUCGAAGCGUUUAAGGAAAUUGAUAUUACUCCAGCGGAUGUGGCGGAGAAUUUGAUCACUGGGACGACCACCACUGAAGGCUCGACGGCCGUGGCCGCAGCUUGCUUGAAGAACUUGAUCGAAGUUCUAGAGAAAAAGGCGGAAUCGAACUCCUCGGGAGCUGAAGAGAAAGCAGAGGCAGAUGAUGAGGAGGAAGCAGUGAAAGAGAACGGAAAUUGGAUUCUAGAAAAUGGGUAUGUGAAUUCAUGCCGCUCUGUUGCAUAA